AUGGACUGUGCACAGACUCAAGCAGUCCUCUAACACACAUCCAUAUCUAAUUCAUAAUGUAUUUGCUUUCGUUUUUGCCAGAGUGUUUUUUGUUGAUGCUCACAUUGAACUAUUUUCCACGCAAGUUCACAGUCGAUACACGCAUACACACGCACAUACACAUACUCGGUCUGUGUAUAUAGUGGUUGAAAGCAAAACUGAAACGUCAAAAGUUAUCGGCUAAAAUUUUCGUUGCUUUGCAUUGUUGGAACAUUUUCUAUAUGUUCCGAAUUAUAACAUCGCUAUUUUGUGGUUGAAUUAGAAAAAAUCAUAGAAUUGAUAACGUCCAUGGCUCGGAAUCGAAAAAAUGCCGGCAACAAUACCAACCCACCGACGAUAGGCAAUGUGAAUAAAAGUAGCAGCAGCACCGGCAGCUCGGGAUCACCUUCGUCUAUUGGCCAUGGUAGUAGCGCUAAUCAUCCCAAAUCAAAUGCAAACAAAACUAAAGGCCAGUACAUGGUGAUGACAAAAUGGCGAUGGUUCUUUAUGUUUGGAUUCUUGCUGAUACCAGCCUAUUUUGGUUAUAUUGGAUAUUUGGAAACCCGAGUCAAUACACCAUUUGAUGCAAAAAAAAUGGUACAACACACGCCACACGAAUUUGCUGAACGUUUCUGGGGCUCAUAUCGGCCAGGCACUUAUUUUGGUUUGAAAACUCGCGACCAAGAUUCACUUGUAAUGGGAUUGAUGUGGUUUUCACCGCUUCGACUUGGUUCGGGCGGUGAAGGUAUUCGGCAUUGGUGUGAAAACGGCGACAAUCUCGAUAAAUACGGUUGGUUACAACAUGAUGGUCGUACAUUUGGCUAUCAAGAAAUACAAGACUUUCCAUUCACAUUGGAAACAUCGUUCGUUAAAUUUCCGCGCGGUACCAAAGGUGGUGACUGGACGUCUCGUAUAUCGGUGAAAAAUAAUUUCCCAAACAGCGUUGAACCGAUUUCAUUAAUUUGGUAUGUUGCGCUCGAUUCAAAAACGGUUGGUACAUUAACAACAUCGACGAGUGCAUCGUCUGCAUUGCCGGUAAUUCGUGGUGAAACAUCAACUCUAGGCGAUUUCAUAUUGAAUUUUGAAGCGAUCAAUGGAACAAUCAAACACCAUUCAUACUUAUCAACGGUUGUGCCAAGUUUACGGUAUUUGCGUGAAACGCUUGCGUCUGUCAUUUAUUUUGCCAAAGACAAGGCAUCACGAGAGAAAAUCUUAGUUUUGCCAGGUGAAUUAUUACGAAAUAAUCAAGGUGAAAUGUUCGAUCCAAAUUUUAUUGCCGUUAUGAUAACCGUUGAAGCACCAUUCACACUUGAUAUUGUCUAUCGGUCAUUUAACGAUUUAAAAUCGAGUGGCAGUGAAUUGCCGGCAAAUGCACCAGUCGGUGAAUUGUAUACAAAUGCGUUGAAAGCAAAACAAGGUGAAUUUCGUCAACGAUUCGAGAAAACGUUUCGAUUGAGAGAUAAAGGCUAUACACAAAAUGAAAUUCAAUUUGCCGAAGCGGCAAUGAGUAAUAUGGUUGGUGGCAUUGGUUACUUUUACGGUUCGUCACAGGUGCAAAGUGAACGAACGGCAAUGCCAGUGCCAUAUUGGAAGGCACCAUUAUAUACAGCAGUACCAUCGCGUAGUUUCUUUCCACGUGGUUUUUUGUGGGACGAAGGUUUUCACGAGCUAUUGAUUAGCACAUGGGAUGUUGACAUUGCAUUGGAUAUUAUAUGCCAUUGGAUGGACUUGAUAAAUGUUGAAGGUUGGAUACCGCGUGAACAAAUCCUUGGUGAUGAGGCAUUGGCCAAAGUGCCCGAUGAAUUUGUUACGCAACACAAUACCAAUGCAAAUCCACCAACAUUUUUCCUUAGUUUAAAAUUAAUCAUAACAAAAUAUUCGCAUUUAUUAACGGGAAACAAUCGAUUGGAAACAUUGGAACGUUUGUAUCCUCGUCUUCAAGCCUGGAUUAAUUGGUAUAAUACCACACAAAUUGGCACACAAUUCAGUACGUAUCGUUGGCGUGGUCGUGAAAUUUAUUUCAAAGAAAAUGAACUUAAUCCAAAAACAAUGGCAUCCGGUUUUGAUGAUUAUCCGCGAGCAUCGCAUCCGGACGAUAUGGAACGUCAUGUUGAUUUACGUUGUUGGAUUGCAUUUGCUACAGGUGUUAUGGCCGAAUUGGCCCAUUUAUUGGGCAGAGAUGAUACAAAAUAUUUGGAAACGCAUUACUAUCUGUCGGACAAUGCGCUAUUAAAUAAAUUACAUUUAUCGCCGCAUUCAAAGACAUAUGCCGAUUGGGGACUUCAUACUGAUUCGGUGGCAUUGAAAGCUGUACGUCAACCAACGUUAAAUCCACAACAACAUCCACAACAACCAUUGAAAAAGAUUCGUGUGCAUCGUACACCGCCCGAAUAUAAAUACGUUGAAUCGUCAUUUGGCUAUGUUAGUUUAUUUCCAUUUCUAAUGGAAAUUUUAACACCCGAUUCACCGUAUUUAGAGAAAAUUCUUCAUAACAUUCAUGAUCCAGAAGUGCUAUGGACCAAUUAUGGUCUUCGUUCAUUGUCCAAACAAUCACCAAUGUACAUGAAACGAAAUACAGACGAUGAUCCACCAUAUUGGCGCGGUCAAAUUUGGAUCAAUAUUAAUUAUUUAGCAUUAAAGGCACUACAUCAUUAUGCAACACAACCAGGACCAUACAGCGAAGAUUCAAAACGGAUUUACACCGAACUACGACACAAUGUUGUACGGAAUAUAAUAAAUCAAUACAAACGCUCCGGUUAUAUUUGGGAACAGUAUAAUGAUUCAACGGGUGAAGGUUCGGGAUGCAAACCAUUUACCGGAUGGUCGGCAUUGGUUGUUCUUAUAAUGGCAGAGCAAUAUUAAACUUUAAUCAUAUAGUCAUGUUUCCGAAGUAGUGAGAGAUAUCAACAAUCGUAUCAAUUAGUUCCUUUCUCUUAAUAUACGUAAUUUAACUUAA